AAAAUUGGUUGAUCUUCUCUCCAUCACUAUCUCAGUCCAGUAUAAGCUAGAUAAACAAAGCAAGAGCUAUAAAUACACAUAGAAAGAAAGAAAGAGAGAAGUGUAGACAGUUUUGGGUUUCCUUUGGGAUUCUAAAUUUUCUGAAAGCUGAAGUUAACCGGAGAGAUCUCCAAAUCCCAGAAAGAAAGAUCCAUGGGGCGAGGAAAGAUUGAGAUAAAGAGGAUUGAGAACACAACCAACCGUCAAGUGACCUUCUGCAAGAGAAGGAAUGGACUUCUCAAAAAGGCUUAUGAACUAUCAGUUCUCUGUGAUGCUGAAGUUGCACUCAUUGUCUUCUCUAGUCGCGGCCGCCUCUACGAGUACUCUAACAGCAACAUAAGAUCAACCAUAGAGAGGUACAAGAAGGCAUGCUCAGAUAGUAGUAAUUCAAACUCUGUUAGAGAAAUCAAUGCCCAGUAUUUUCAACAAGAAUCAGCAAAGCUUCGGCAACAGAUUCAAAUGCUACAAAAUUCUAACAGGCACUUAAAUGGUGAAUCUUUGAGCUCCCUAACUGUGAAGGAGCUGAAGCAGCUGGAGAACAGACUUGAAAGAGGAAUUAGUAGAAUCAGGUCAAAGAAGCAUGAGACGUUGCUUGCUGAAAUUGAGUACUUGCAGAAAAGGGAGGUUGAGAUGGAAAAUGAGAGUGUUUAUCUUCGAACUAAGAUAGCAGAAAUAGAGAGGCUUCAGCAGCAAGCAAACAUGGUGACAGGCCCAGAACUGAACGCAAUCCAAGCGUUGGCGUUGCGCAAUUUCUUCAAUCCAAACAUGCUUGAGACUCCAGGAACUGGCUUCUCUCAUCCUGACAAGAAGAUACUCCAUCUUGGGUGAAGCACUGGAGAAAAUGGUGGUAUGCCAUGGUGAUAAUAAUAUUAUUAGUUGGAAUUAAUAAGCAUAAUGUCUUUGUACUAUGAAUUUGUGAUUUGAAUUUCCAAGGAUAAAUUGGAAUAAGUGUUCAUUUUGAAGUGGCAAGAUGAUUUGAGAUGUGUAAGUGGAAAAGUUUUUGUGAGACUUUUAUGUAAUAACUAAAUCACCUGUUAAUCAUUGUUCAACUAGUGUGUUUGAUCAUAUGUGUACUAUUACCCAAACAAGUUGUAGUGGUAUAUAUUGUUCAUUCCGGA